AUGGACCUCUAUAUCGAUACGGCCAACCUCGACGAGAUCAAGGAAGCCCACGACAUGGGCGUGCUCGACGGGGUCACCACCAACCCUUCGCUCAUCGCGAAGGAGGGCGUCGACUACACCAAGCGGCUCAAGGAGAUCUGCGACGUCGUCGACGGGCCCGUCUCCGCCGAGGUCAUCGCCACCGAUUUCGACGGCAUGAUGAAAGAGGGGCGCGAGGCGGCGAAGAUCGCGCCGAACAUCGUCGUCAAGCUCCCGAGCACCGUCGCCGGCCUCAAGGCGUGCAAGGCCUUCUCAGACGAGGGCGUCCGCACCAACCUCACCCUGUGUUUCCAGCCGCUUCAGGCGCUGAUGGUCGCCAAGGCCGGCGCGUUCCUCGUGAGCCCCUUCGUCGGCCGGCUCGACGAUAUCGGCGCCGAGGGCAUGGACCUGAUCCGCCAGAUCCGCGUGAUCUACGACAACUACGGCUUCGAGACCAAGAUCCUCACCGCCUCCAUCCGCCACACCAUGCACAUGGUCGACGCCGCCCUCGCGGGCAGCGACGUCGCCACCGUGCCGUUCAGCGUCAUCAAGUCCAUGAUGAACCACCCGCUCACCUCGUCCGGCCUCGAGAAGUUCGUGGCGGAUUACAAGAAGGCGUUCGGUUGA